GGGCCUACACUGUUGAAGCACGGGUUCAAUGAUGCAAUUGCUAAAGUAGGUAUGGUCAAGUUCAUCACAGAUCUCUUCUGGGUUGGGAUGUUUUACCACCUGUACAACCAAGUGGCGACUAACACACUGGAGAGAGUGGCUCCUCUCACUCAUGCAGUUGGCAACGUACUGAAACGUGUAUUUGUGAUUGUAUUUUCAAUUUUAGUCUUCGGUAACAAGAUUUCCACCCAAACUGGUAUUGGAACAGCCAUUGCUAUUGCAGGAGUGGCAAUCUACUCGCUCAUCAAAGCCAGGAUGGAGGAAGAGAAGCGAGAGAGUCUUGUUUCAAUUGUUUUUUUACCACAACUGCAUAUUAAAUUGGUUGAAACUUUAAAAGUUAAUUUGCUUUGGCAAGUCACAAAUAAACCACUUUUGGCAUAUAUGCUUUUUAACGGUGUACUUUUGAAUGGAUUUUACCUUGGUCUUCAAAAUGCAUUAGGCAAUAUAGCAAUACACAAAUAAAAUUGACAAAUUUUUCUUUUUGUUCUCUUGACAGCAAGCGAAAGCAGCAUAAGAAGAAAGAGGCGUCAACUUGGAGGAUGUCUUGAACUGUAAAUCAUCAUAAAUUUCCUUCAAAAUAAUUGGGUGACUGGUUCAGUAUUGUACUAUCCUUCGGAUAGCCUUUUAUUUUUCCUUUUCUUUUUCCGGUCAAAUCUUUUUUUUUUCCUUGUUCAUUCAGAAAACAAUGACUUGCUGAUUUGCAGUCUUCUCAUGUUUGACCAAAAAAAUGAUGUAUCCAUGAUUCCCAUAAAGUGCUCUUAAGACUAUUAUGAAAUCUGAAAAGAUGGUCAACAAUCAACAUUUAAGACAUAACUGCAUUUCGAGGUUCUUUUUCAGAGCCUACUGGGCCAAUUAAUCUUUUAUUUGGUAUAGUGGAUGGGGCAAAAACUAAUGUAAAUGGUGGAUUCAACAGUUAAGUUCCAAAAUUAAAGGCUUUAGGGGAAGAUAUUGUAGCACGUCACCAUAAGAAAUCCAUGGCAACCACUAGCGAUGUAUAAAAAAUCUAAAAUAACUGAACCACAUCAAGAACCACACCAAAUUGAACCAAAAUAACCGGUUUUUUUAAAAUUGGUUCGGAAAGUUGAACCGGUUCUAUUAUUUAAAACAAUCCAAUUCAGACCCAUUUCAAAACUGGAUUUUAAGCAGGUCGAACCAAACCAACCCAUUUACAUAACAUAACUCAAUGACUCAUCGAUCUCGUUCCUAAUCGAAGCAUAUUUUUGCUCAGCUCAUGAACCCUAAGUUCACCGUCUCAAUCAUUUCUCAAUCUCGCUGCUCGUUCUCAUCGAAUUGGUAACGGUGGUGGCUUGUGGCUUAGCGUUCUCAAUCAUUUUUCAUUUCUCUUCAGAUUUUUAUUUUUGCUUUUUGUUUUGUUUCACUUAUGUGUUUUCCUAUGUAUCAUCAACCAUGAACCCCUUUAAGGUCUUUGCGCGGUGGCUAUUUUCUUUGGAUACUUUAAAUGGCUAUUAACCCCUUUUUUAAAAUGCGAUCUUCU